UUAACGCCUCCGCCCGCGCGCAGAUUGUCACGGGCCGAAGGCGCCACCUCUGGCGCUCAGGCGCGAGCUGCCCCUCCCGCUCGGCGAGUCUUCCCUCUCCACUCGGCCCUCCCUCCACACCUCUACAGCCACCCUUCGCCUCCAACCCGGCCACGCGCCUUCCCCUGCUGGCGCCAGGAGGAGCGCUGAGUUUGGGUCGCCAACCCAGCCCCUGUCGCCGCCUCCGAAUAACCGGCACCUGGCUCCUGGGCCGAAGCGGCAGGGGAGACAGGAUGCAGUCGUGCGGGGGCGCCGCGGCGGGACGCCGAGCCUUCGACAGCAUCUGCCCCAACAGGAUGUUGGAGCUGCGGGGCCGGCCUUUCAGCAAGCCCGGGAAGCUGGAGAAGAAGUUCGGCCCUCCGCGGAAGUUCUUGCCUGGUUGCAGCGGCGGCAGCCCAGUGUCGGUCUACGAAGAUCGGCGGGACGCGGAGCUCUCUGCGCUGCCAGCGCUCACCACCAUAGACCUGCAGGACCUCGCCGACUGCUCCUCGCUACUCGGGUCCGACGCGCCGCCUAGUGGUGACUUGGCUGCAUUGCAGAACCAGUCCCUGCAAACUGCUGCGGACUUUGAUCUGCAGGAUUUCAGAGACACAGUGGAUGAUCUCAUUGCAGACUCAUCCUCUUUGAUGUCGCCUCCUCUGACCGGCGGAGACUUUCCCUUCACUCCUGGCAACGUAUUGCCAUUUGGGCCCUGUCUCUCUCCGCCGCUGGACCCAAGGGCACUGCAGUCACCGCCGCUGCCCCCUCCAGACGUGCCCCGGCCGGAGCAGUACUGGAAGGAAGUGGCCGACCAGAACCAGAGGGCAUUGGGGGACGCGCUCGUUGAGAAUAACCAACUGCACGUGACGCUGACCCAGAAGCAGGAGGAGAUCGCCUCGCUCAAAGAGCGGAACGUGCAAUUGAAGGAACUUGCCAGCCGGACCCGGCACCUGGCCUCGGUGCUGGAUAAGCUGAUGAUCACGCAGUCCCGGGAUUGCGGGUCGACAGCCGAACCCUUCCUGCUCAAGGCGACAGCCAAAAGGAGCCUGGAGGAGUUGUUCAGUGCUGCGGGGCAGGAUUGCGCGGAAGUGGACGCCAUCCUGAGGGAGAUUUCCGAGCGCUGCGAUGAAGCGCUGCAGAGCCGCGACCCCAAGCGGCUCCGGCUACAGCCGGAUCCCGCGAGUAGGGAUGACAUGCCAGGGAACCUCCACGGCACCUUCCGGGGGCUGCGCACAGAGUGCAGCCGGAGCGCGCUAAACCUGAGCCGCAGUGAGCUAGAAGAGGGUGGCUCCUUCAGCACCCCCAUCCGCAGCCAUAGCACCAUCCGCACCCUCGCUUUCCCCCAGGGCAAUGCCUUCACCAUUCGGACCGCCAACGGGGGAUACAAAUUCCGCUGGGUCCCCAGUUGAGCUGGGAUGAUGUUCCCCCAAACACUGCCCUGUAUCCGGACUGAAGCGCCUGGAGGCUAAUUGGGAGGCUAAUUGGGAACUGUUUCGCGAAACUGGCUUCAGAAGGACUCCCUCUGCUGGGCGAAUGCCACCCUGAAACUUUUUUUUUCAGACACCAAAACGUCUCGAUAAUGAUGUCCUGCACAGUCCUGGUAUAAAAUACUGUAUAUUCCCUUCCCUUCCACAGUGUGUGCUGUAUGUGUGCGUGUAAACACACAUAUAAAUCUCAAUUUUAAAAGUAUUUAUUUUAGUAGCUUUGAAUUAUGUACUUCUAGAGUGGAAAGGACUUAGAAAUCACUUAGCUAUUUUAUAUUUGUAUAAUGCCCUAGUUUUAUAAGAAGGGAAAGGAGCCUGUAAGAGAUUAAGUAAUUUUCUAUAAUAAGAAGCAUUAUUGGGAACUUCCAGGUUUUCUCACUAGUCGUUUAAAGAUUGUAGGUCCAAUGCAUAGGGGCACUUGUACCCCAAUGUUUAUAGCAGCACUUUCAACAAUAGCCAAAUUAUGGAAAGAGCUUAAAUAUCCAUCAACUGAGGAAUGGAUAAAGAUGUGGUUUAUACAUACAAUGGAAUUCUACUUGGCAAUGAGAAAGAAUGAAAUCUGGCCAUUUGUAGCAAUGUGGAUGGAACUGGAGAGUUUUAUGCUAAGUGAAAUAAGUCAGGCAGAGAAAGACAGAUACCAUAUGUUUUCACUCAUAUGUGGAUCCUGAGAAACUUAACAGAAGACCAUGGGGGAGGGGAAGAGGAAAAAAAAGUUACAGAGAGGGAAGGAGGCAAACCAUUUAAGAGCUUCUUAAAAACUGAGAACAAACUGAAGGUUGA